UGAUUUUGCAUUUCCGGGACUGUUAUGCUUACUAACAGUUCUCCCUGUCAGCACGGACACACUGCUCUAGAUGGCUGUGCACAGCACAGCCAUCCAGAGCAGUGUGCUUACAGUGAAGCACACAGACACUGCCUCCUAGAAAAAACACUCCCUGCACACAGUUAACCCUUUGAUCGCCCCUCAUGUUAACCCCUUCCUGCCCAGUGCCAUUAGUACAGUGUCAGUGCUUUUUUUUUUUUAGCACUGAUCACUGUAUUGGUGUCACUGGGGAUGUCAGUGACAUCAAGUCAGUUCCUCCCAGUGUCAGAAUGUCCGCUGCAGUCUCUCUAUAA